AUGUCAUUAAAGAACCAUCUUCUACGUCUCUUAAAUCUAAUUCAAUGUGAUGAAAGUAAUUUCGACUCCUCUUCAAUAAAUUCGGAGGAUGAAGUUGAUUUUGCUACUGCUGAUGAAUACGAAACAUCGGGCACAAUUAUUAACAUGGGGUUAUCUGAUGAAAGUGAUCAUUAUUCAAAUGGUUCAAAUACUGAAAGUGAAGGAGAAGAACCUGAGACGGAUCCUGUUACUUCGUCCAGCUAG